UAUGCCACAAAUUAUGCUACAGUCAUUAUUUUGUCAUUCAUAUAAGUGGGAAAUUGUGACAAAAUGUGGAGAUUUCCAAUAUUUCUUAGAGAGUUAACAGCCCAUACAAUCUUGAUUAACGGUUGUUAAAAUAUUUUGAUAUCUAACUGAGAAGGGGCACUGGGAAGUGAGGGAAUACUUGGAGAAGAUAGGACGACACUUCGGUGAUAAAAGGUAGUUCAGCGACGGAAGAGGUGAAGAUGUGCAGAAAGAGGAAAUUGAGGGGAUGUGGGAAGGGCAAUACUUAGAAAGAGAUGAAUUGAAAGUGCGGAGAGGAUCAUAUUUAAAAAGGACAUAGUGGAGAACGCAGCGAUAUCAGUGCUGGAAAGGGAAAGCAACGUUUGGCAGAGGAGAUGUUUGAGAAGACAGGGGACAAGGUGAAGCAGCGUUCAAGCCACUGUAGCAACUGGACUCUAUUAUGUAACACAGAGGAGUCUCAGCACUGCUUUGAGACUGUAAAUUUUCAAUAAGUACAAGGUACCGACUGGGGGUGUGAAAAGAGCAACUCCCGUCAGUGACGCACAUUGAGUGCGCCACAGUGGGAUAUUUGUCGCGGGGGAUGAGGUCAGAUGUUUGUUCUCCACGUCAGCGGGGCUGAAGAUGGCGGAGGUGGAGAGUGAAUCUCGACAGCCGCUGUUUUCAGACUUGGCUGAUGUGUCGAUAUCAAAUGAUGUCCCUGUUGAGGGACAAAUUACAGUUCCAGUCAGUUCUCAGUCACAGGAGGAUGACUACUCCACACUGGAUGAACCUGUCAAGGAGACAAUUAUACGAGAUCUGAAGGCUGUUGGGAAGAAGUUUGUUCAUGUUAUGUACCCUAAAAAGAGCAGCAGCCUUCUCAGAGAUUGGGAUCUAUGGGGCCCUCUAAUACUCUGUGUUUUGUUAGCAAUGAUGUUACAGGGGAGUUCUGUUGACAAUAAGCAUGAAGGAGGCCCGGAGUUUGCUGAGGUGUUUGUUAUCGUGUGGUUUGGCGCAGUCGUCAUUACACUGAACUCCAAAUUGCUUGGUGGCACAAUGUCAAAAAGACGGGAGCCUACUUAGUGUCUUGGCUACAGGUCGUACAUGGUCCAUGAAACCAGUUUUAAAAAAAAAAAAACUGGAAAGCACAUAGUUUGAGAUAGGGGUCUGGGCCCUCAAGAAAAGAUUUGUGUACCUAUUCCCAUCCCGAUUACCACUGAAAUCUUUAUCCACUGUUGUGUUGCAUCUAGAUUCUAGUACAUGACGUUCUCCUCCUCUCUUCCUCCUUGAUGCACUCUCAUUCUUUACCCUUUUACAAAAUGCAAUUUAUUCAAAAGCCAUAUCUUGACAAGUUCAUCUAAUUCAUACAGUUAAAAAAGAAACAAAGUGCUGGAGAAACUCUGCAGGUCAGGCAGCAUCUGUGAAGUUGGAAAUAGAAUGAAUGUUUCAGGUCUGAUAUGAUUCUUCUUUGGACGACAAAAAAGAGUCACUUGGAUUGAAAUGUUAAAGCUUUCUCUCUCUACAGAUGCUGCCAGACCAACAGAGUUUAUCCAGUGCUUCCUGUUUUUAUUUCAAAUCUCCAGCAGGCGCAGUACUUUGGUUUUAUUUAUGUGCAUUCACUCUCUGUGUGCAAUAUGAUGAAAUUGAAAGCUAGUCCUGUCUUCAAAUCUUCAAACAGAGCAGUUCUGAUGAAAAGUCACCAAACUUGAAGUGUUAACUCUGCUUUUUUUCCACAGAUGCUGUCAGAUGUGCUGAGUGUCUCCAACAAAUUUUGUUUAUAUCUGCUAAUUUCGUUUGUUUACUAUUUGUGGCACUUGGUGUUUAAAUAAGCAACGACAGCAGCUAAAUCAGAGAGUGACUGCACUUUAAAAUUAAUGUAUAUCACUGCCAUUACGCUUUGAUUUCAUCAUUUGCCACUUAUUUGUAUUCAUGUACCUUGCAUUCUUGAAGCCAAUGGGAUAUAUUGUCUACAGUGCCACAGCAUGGCUGAAAGCAGGUACUACAUCAUGGAAAUUCUAUAAAACACUGCUCCCUUGUCCACCUUUGGUGGAGGAGCCUUCUGCAACUUCUUCAGCUGUAUGCUGGAUUUUUCUUCCUAAACUUCUUGACUUUCUCCACCUUUUAAAAGUUGGAAAAAUGUUUUCAUGCAAACUAUCAAUCUGGCAAAUCGAUAACUUUAUUGCUGCGUUUUACAAAAGAUUUUUGUAUCCUCCAUCAAAUAGUCCAAGUGGUUUCCACAUGAAUUACAACCUAUUUUGUUGUUGGAUAGCAAUUAUGAACAAAAACAUUAUUUAUUUUUCCUUCUCCCAUUCUAACUCUUGGUAGGUUGAUGCUAAAUGUGAUAUAAUUUAU